AUGGCAGCCAUCCACUACGGCGGCCAGAAUGACCAGAUUAGUAUCUCCAGAGACACAGGUGGCUCUGCUGGUCUCUGGGACUCCGCUCGGAGUUUGCUUUGCAUUUAUGACAAUCCUGUAAAGACUAUACCCCGGUACUUUAUUAGACUGGAAUGUUCUGGACUACAAGGUGCUCUCCUCUGUCACUUCAUCGAGCCCGUGUACCUCCACAGCAUCAUUGUGGGAAGCCUGCACCACACGGGCCACCUUGCACGGGUCAUGAGCCACAGGAUGGAGGCAUCGGCCAGCUGCCUGCCUCAUACCGGCAAAAACAGGCCUCUCCUUAGUGGCGUGAGUAACACCGAGGCACGGCAGCCAGGAAAGUCUCCCCAUUUCAGUGCCAACUGGAUCGUGGGCAGUGCUGACCUGGAGAUCAUUAACGCCACAACUGGGAAGAGGAGCUGUGGAGGCUCAUCCCGGCUCUGCAAGCACGUGUUUUCUGCUCGGUGGGCACGGCUGCAUGGUAGGCUAAGCACACGGAUCCCCGGCCAAGGAGAAACACCGUCCAUGUACUGUGAGGCCAAGCUGGGGGCUCACACCUACCAAUCUGUUAAACAGCAGCUCUUCAAGGCUUUUCAGAGAGCUGGUCUUGGUACCUGGGUGAGAAAACCACCAGAGCAAGAUCAGUUUCUACUAAGUCUCUAAGUCAUUAGACUCCUUUGCUAUUGGACCAGAGUGGAAUGUCUGGAGGGGAUGCAGCUGUAUGAUGGUGUGGUGUAUCCAUCAGUUUUUGACAUUUAUUCUCCUUCAGUGUUCAGGAACACACAUGUCCAUGUUUGGAUGGGAGACUAGAUUUGAGUUUUGGUCAUGCUAUUUCCCCCUGGGUUGUUAGUUACAAGAACUCUGUCCACAUAGAUAGAGGUAGAACCACUAUUGCAUCAGCCCCAUCCCUUACUGGGUGUCAAAAGGAAAUAAUCUGUUUGGGCAAGAGGAGCUUAGAGGCAAUAUUGAAAUGUGGUACUUGAGUGUAGUCUCAUGCAUCAUCCUCUGUGCUUCCUUCCCUUCCCAUGGGCCUCUCUCAUAGCGUGAUUGAGUGUCACCAGCACAAGUUUAUAUGACUUCAAGAUAAGUCACAGGUGAAAAGAAAAGCUAUGGGCUCCCCAACUCCAAAGAACCCAACAGGAAUGCUAUAUUGUCUUCAUUAUUCAUUCAGGCCUUUCCACUUUCUAUCAAAAAGGACUUGAGAUGGACACUGUUAAAGAGCAACUAAAGUAAAUAAAACCAUGUUUAUAACAGGAAGGGUUAGACAC